AUGUCUGAGAGGUUUAGUGAGUUUGCGGAGAAGUACCGCCUGGUGCAGGCGUACCGCGCCUCCGUGGGGGCCGCCGUGCAGGCGUGGGGGUGGCUGCAGGAGCGCGCGUGGCCGGUGUACUCCACCGGCCUCAUCCUCUCCGUCCUGUGCGUGCUGGCCACGGCGCACGAGAAGCAGAUCCUCGCCGACAGCCUCUACGGCGGCGACGUCGUCCUGAAGAAUGAACGCGAGAAGACGGUCGAGGGGGCCCGGAAACUCUUCCAGGAGGAGGCGGCGCAGGGGGUGAAGCAGCUGGUCUGGAUGCUGCCGGCCGGCGAGUUUAGGAGCGAGUACCACGAGCGCCACGGCAAGGUGUAA